AUGUACGACCCAGUAGAUUCAUCCGGAAUGCCCCUUCGAAUAGCUGACUCAGUGCCGCGCUUUGCAGGCGAUUAUACUCAACUCGUCAACUUCCUGGAGUCAGUAGAACAACUCACGCAACCGCUUGGUUUAACGGACAAGGAGAUCAUCAAGUAUGCACUGAAGUAUACAGCGCCUAAACAAAGGCAGCUUCUCUCAUACUACGAAGGUGACAACUAUGUAGAAUUCGCUGAUCAUGUCUUGUAUUUCUAUCUAGAAUGUGGUGUUGACCACUAUACGCGCCCUAUCUUUGAAAAACCAGCCACCAUCGAAGCGCCCAUUGCAAGCGCACCUCCGCAACCGGAAUGCACUCAAGACCAACCAGCAGUCGAAGUCAUUGCACCCAUACCUGAAGUAUGCAAUGCCGCCCCCACCCCAGUAGUCCCAGAAGUGCCCCUUGAUAUCACCACCCCGCCAUCAGUCCAACUCGAAGCGCGCAUCAUAAGCACUCCUCAAGAACCCAUAUCUGCACCAGAGUAUCCACUAGCCAAAGAUAUUCCGCCCAAGCUCGAAGUAUGCGAGCCUAUCACCAUCCCAAUCCUCCCAGAAGCGCCUCUGGAGGAGAUUAUACUGCCGUCAGUCAGCGAUGACUUUAAACAUCUAUUGCACUUUAGCGCGCCAAUUCCGGAGCCUUCUGAAGUAUCAGAGGUUCAAUAUGCGCUGCUAUCCGACCAGGUUAUGUCCCUGGAAACUCCGUCUGUCGCUGAUGCAUCUGCACUCGUCGCGCUUUCUGUGUGCAGUGACCAUUAUCAUCCGCAGGUGCAAUAUCCGUGCACCAUACCGCCACCAGUCAGCGAUGACUUAAAACAUCUAUCCGAAGUCAGUGAUGACUUUAAACAUCUAUCCGUAGUCAGGGAUGACUUUAAACAUCUAUUGCACAUUAGCGUGCCUAUUCCAGAGUCUUCUGUAGUAUCAGAGGCUCAUAAUGCGCUGCUAUCCGACCAGGUUAAAUCUCUGGUAACGCCGUCCAUUGCUAUCCAUUCCGCACUUGUCGCACUUUCCGCGCACAGUGACCAUUAUCUGCAGGUGCAAUAUCCGUGCACCAUACCGCCGACAGUCAGUGAUGACUCUAAAUAUCUAUCAUCAGUCAGGGAUGACUCUAAACAUCUAUCACAUCCUAACGCGCCCAUUCCGGAGUCUUCUGUAGCAUCAGAGGUUCGAAACGCGCCGCUAUCUGACCAGGUUAAGUCUCUGGUAACCCUGUCCAUUGCUAUCCAUUCCGCACUCGUCGCACUUUCCGCACGCAGUGACUAUCAUCCGCAGGUGCAACAUCCAUGCACCAUAUCGCCGUCAGUCAGUGAUGACUUUAAACAUCUAUCGUCAGUCAGGGAUGACUUUAAACAUCCAUUGCAUCUUAACACGCCGCUUUCCGACCAGAGUAUAUCUCUGGUAACCCCAUCCAUCACUGACCAUUCCGCGCUUUCCACCUACAGUGAAUACCGAUUGCCGGUGAAACAUCCGUGCAUCGCAUCGCUCAUCCACCAAUUAGAGCAUGUCUCAGAUGACUCUGAUGCGCCUCCAGUGCGCCGCCAUACGCCUGAGGUCGCACAGGUCAUGCACCUAGAGGCAUUGUAUAUUCAUCCUCGUUCUAUAUCGCAUUUCUCAUUCAUUUCGUGUUUAAAGCUUUCAAGGAUCCAGAUGCCAGUCGCCAUUAUUUCGCCUUCAUAUCCGCAACAUUUUAUUGUUGAUUCAUCCUUCACACGCCGCAUUCGCGCACCACGCGCUUUAUUUCCUGCGCUAUAUGCGACCAUCAUUGCAGAAGAGUCUUCCUGCUAUCGCAUUUUUACCGUUUCAUCAGUUUUUAGCCAUGUUUCUCUUGUCCAGAACCAGUCUCAUUUUAAUUCGCCGUCCAUGCGCAGCUUAUGCGCUCGUCUUGCAUAUAUUUACACGCCUUCAGCACUUAUCAUUGUCUUUAACUUCGCAUCUUUCACCUUUAUCCGCAUUUCCCCCUCUUCCAUCUAUCAUGUCAAUAUCAUCCUUGAAUGCCCUAUCAAGGGCUAUCCGUUUAUGUCUUGGCGCCAAUUGGCCAUUGACCUAGAGUCUAUCAGAUGCAGUCGCACAUUAUCCGCGCCUAAUAACGCUUAUCAUUCGUCUCAUUGGGACUUGGUUUGGACAUGGAUUGGAUCGCUUUCGGACCGCCUAGCAUCGCCUUAUACCCCCGCAGACAUAUUGGACAUGGACAUCAUCGCACAAUCAUCCCCUCGUGUUUCCUCGCACAUUCGCACUUCGCGCAUUUUCACGCGCCUAACGCAACACAUCCACACCAUCCUCGCACUAUCAGUCACCUCAAUAGCCGAGCACCCCCUGCACGACCGCCAUCAUCAUAGUUCCGAGUUCAUAUCACGAUUCCCAUACAAGAGUCAUUUCGCGCAACCCACCAUAUGUGACGCAUUCUCGCGCUUCAGUCACACAUUCCCACGCUCGCGCACAUUGCACAUUAGCCACGCCUCUUCGCACUUAGUCACACUAUCAUCCGAGCACACGCACAUCAUGCCUGCCGAUCAUCAUGCACCCAUAUCACCGACUUCACUCGAGAUCCUCACCAGACGUGCUCUGAGUGGGGACACUCAGUAUUCAAAGUCCCCGGGAGAUGUAGAGACUCGCGUUUCUGCAGGCUCAUAUGGGCUCAUUUUACAAAUUCUGACAACUGGCCUUCAUGGCACAACUUGCACCAUCAUCCACUAUGACUUCCCUAUAGAGCGCACCACUUCCCACGAAAUGCGCCAUAGGCGCAACACUUUCCCGCACAACGCGCAGUAUUCCCACAUGCGCACCUUGCGCGCUUUCUCGCGCUUAAGUGCCCUGCGUCGUGCAUCAUCCAGGAGCAUCCAUCCAUCGUCCAACCAGUCCCUUGGUAUGUCCCUUUUUGUUAUCUGA